AUGCUUGCUAGAUCUCGAUGUCUUAACGCCAACCGCCCACACAAACGCUUGCAUUCCACCUCGCCACACAACAUUGCCACGGAUCUACACAGCCGUGUACGAAUAUUACUUCGCGACACAGCACAGCCAGUGGCCGUGAUAACAUCAUAUAUGCCUUCUUCGUCGAACUCGUCGACAGACUCGCCUACACAUCCAUUCCAUGGUGCAACCUUAUCCUCAUUCGCCUCUAUCUCCAUGUCGCCACACCCACUCGUCGCUUUCUCUCUCCGAGUACCAUCGCGCAUGGCCACAACUCUUUCCCUACUCUCAAGUGGCGACUUGACACAAUUUCAGCACACAAAUCCCGAGCGAAUAUUGCCAGAAACGCACUUUGUUGCCAACAUUCUUUCUGCUUCUCAACCCCGAACUGCACUCCUCUUCUCAAGGCCGGACCUACAUCCUCGACCAUUCGACGACGUCCAAUGGUCUUCAACUGCGGAAGGUCUUCCCAUAGUACAUGACAGCCUUGGAGCAAUGAGUUGUCGCAUAGUUGCCGGACCAUGGCCCUUGCAUGAUCUAGAUGCGUUGGGUGGCCGGGAUGAAAAGCAGGGAGAGGCAGAGAGGGCGACAGAGCUGGAAGUUGGUGCAGGCGAGGUAUCAUCGGAGUUGUUCAUCGCGCGAGUGAUGCGUGUAGAAGACGUUCCGUUGACAGAAGCGAAGGCGAACGAGGCGAUCAGAGAUGAUGCGUUACGGACGUUGCCCUUGCUGUAUCACCGGAGGCGAUAUGCAAGUACACAAGAUUUAGAAACACAACCCUCGUCAGGCUUCUGAAUUAUACCAUACGGACAUCAUUAA